CAGCAUGCCACAGUGCCCACUGCCCCCUCCGAGAAACGUUAGAGCGCCUGGCCCCGAGACUGCAUCCCCAUGUUGCCGACUACAGCUCGGGAUGUCUUCUGUCGACUGUCCACCUACCUGGAAGAGCUCGAGGCUGGGGAACUGAAGAAAUUCAAAUUAUACCUGGGGACUGCAGAGGAACCGGGCCCGGAUAAGAUCCCCUGGGGACGAAUGGAGACGGCUGGUCCUCUGGAAAUGGCCCAGCUGAUGGUGGCCCAUAUGGGGACAAGGGGGGCUUGGCUGCUGGCUCUCAGCACCUUUGAGAGGAUCCACAGGAAGGACCUGUGGGAGCGAGGACAGAGAGAAGACCUGGUGAUGGUCACUCCGAAUAAUGGCGCAUGCUCGCUUGAGAGCCAGUCAGCUUGCCUUCUGGAUGUCUCUGCUAGUGCUCCAAGGAAAGAUCCCCAGGCAACCUACAAAGACUAUGUCCGUAGGAAAUUCCGGCUAAUAGAAGACCGCAAUGCGCGACUCGGUGAAUGUGUCAACCUGAGCCACCGUUACACCCGGCCUCUAUUAGUAAAGGAACACUCAAAUCCUGUCUGGGCACAGCAGAAACUUCUGGGUACAGGAUGGGGAUACGCUAGGACCAGGGGCCACCAGGCUAGCCCUAUCCAAAUGGAGACCCUCUUUGAGCCAGACGAAGAGCGCCCCGAGCCACCAGGCACGGUGGUGUUACAAGGGGCCGCAGGGAUGGGGAAGUCCAUGCUGGCCCACAAAGUGAUGUUGGACUGGGCCGACGGGAGGCUCUUCCAAGGUCGGUUCGAUUAUGUCUUCUACAUCAGCUGCAGGGAGCUGAACAGAAGCCAUGUCCAGUGCAGCGCACGCGACCUCAUCUCCAGCUGCUGGCCCGAGCCGGGUGCACCCCUCCAGGACCUCAUCCGGGCUCCCGAUCGCCUCCUAGUCAUCAUUGAUGGCUUCGAUGAGCUGCAUCCUUCUUUCCAUGAUGCUAAGGGUCCCUGGUGUCUCUGCUGGGAGGAGAAACGACCCACAGAACUCCUCCUCGGCAGCCUGAUUCGGAGGUCGCUUCUGCCCCGACUCUCUUUGCUCAUCACCACACGACCCUGUGCUCUGGAGAAGCUGCAUGGCUUGCUGGAACACCCCAGGCACGUGGAGAUCCUGGGCUUCUCCGAGGCAGAGAGGAAGGAGUACUUCUACAAGUAUUUUCAUAACACUGGGCAAGCGAACCAAGUGUUCAGCUUCAUGAUGGACAACGAGCCCCUCUUCACCAUGUGUUUUGUGCCCAUGCUGUCCUGGGUGGUCUGCACCUGCCUCAAGCAGCAGCUGGAAAGCGGGGAGCUUUUAAGACAAACGUCUAGGACCACCACGGCGGUUUACAUGUUCUACCUUCUGAGUCUGAUGCAGCCCAAGCCAGGGACCCCGACCUUCAAAGUCCCAGCCAGCCACAGAGGCCUGGUCUCUCUGGCUGCAGAGGGCCUCUGGAAUCAGAAGAUCCUAUUUGAGGAACAGGACCUCGGUAAACACGGCCUAGAUGGAGCGGAUGUCUCCACCUUCCUCAACGUGAAUAUCUUCCAGAAGGACAUCAAGUGCGAGAAAUUCUACAGCUUCAUCCACCUGAGUUUCCAGGAAUUCUUCGCAGCCAUGUACUGUGCCCUGCAUGGCAGAGAGACAGUGAGGAGAGCGUUGGUUGAGUACGGCUUCUCGGAAAGGAACUUCUUGGCCCUCACCGUCCGCUUCCUGUUCGGCCUCCUCAAUGAGGAGAUGAGAUGUUACCUGGAGAAGAAUCUGGGCUGGACCAUCUCCCCUCAGGUCAAGGAGGAAGUGUUGGCGUGGAUCCGAGACAAGGCUCACAGUGAAGGAUCCACCCUGCAGCGUGGGUCCCUGGAGCUCCUCAGCUGCUUGUAUGAGAUCCAGGAGGAAGACUUCAUCCAGCAGGCGCUGAGCCACUUUGAAGUGGUGGUAGUCAGCAACAUCGCGACCAAGAUGGAGCACGUGGUAUGCUCCUUUUGCUUGAGGUACUGCAGGAGCGCGGUGGUAAUUCAUUUGUACGCCAGUACCUACAGUCCAAGCACAGAGGACGACCCGGCGGCACCUUCAGGAGGCCCGCCUCUGUCCGAACCCUUACAGGAGAGGAACACACUUCCUGAUGUCUACAGUGCACAUCUCUCGGCAGCUGUCUGCACCAACCCAAACCUGAUCGAGCUGGCCUUGUACCGCAACGCCUUGGGCAGCCGGGGUGUGCGGCUGCUCUGCCAGGGCCUCAGACAUGCCAACUGCAAGAUUCAAAACCUGAGGCUGAAGAGGUGUCAGGUCUCCGAAUCAGCCUGCCAGGACCUGGCAGCGGCUCUCAUCACCAACAGGAAUUUAACCAGGCUGGACCUCAGUGGCAACAGCAUUGGGGUGCCAGGCCUGGAACUGCUCUGUGAGGGCCUGCGGCACCCCAGGUGUAGGCUGCAGAUGAUCCAGCUGAGGAAGUGUCUUCUGGAGGCCACAGCUGGAGGAGCGAUCGCCUCUGUUCUCAGCAACAACUCACAUCUGGUGGAGCUGGACCUGACAGGAAACCCCUUGGAGGACUUGGGACUGAAGCUGCUGUGUCAAGGGUUGAGACACCCAGUCUGCAGGCUGCGCACCUUGUGGCUGAAGAUUUGCCACCUGGGCCAGGCUGCCUGUGAAGAUCUGGCCUUCAGCCUCAGCAUGAACCAGAGCCUGAUGGAGCUGGACCUAGGUCUGAAUGACCUUGGGGAUCCCGGAGUGCUUCUGCUGUGUAAGGGCCUCGGGCACCCAGACUGCAAACUCCAGACCCUCCGGUUGGGCAUUUGCCGGCUGGGCGCAGACGCAUGCUCAGGGCUUGCCCGAGUGCUCCAGGUCAACUCUUGCCUCCGAGAGCUGGACCUGAGCUUCAAUGACUUGGGAGACAGGGGCCUGUGGCUGCUGGGGGAAGGACUGCGGCACCCGUCCUGCAGACUCCAGAAGCUGUGGCUGGACAGCUGUGGCCUCACGUCGAAAGCGUGUGAGGACCUUUCUUCCAUCCUAGGAGCCAACCAGACCCUAAAUGAGCUUUAUUUGACCAACAAUGCCCUGGGGGACACAGGGGUCCGGCUGCUGUGCAAGAGGCUGAGACAUCCAGGCUGCAAACUUCGAGUCCUGUGGCUGUUUGGAAUGGACCUGAACAAAAUGACCCACAAGAGGCUGGCAGCACUUCGAGUCACAAAACCGUACUUGGAUAUUGGGUGCUGAGCCCUCCUGCAGAAUGGAAGCGAUCCCAACCUUGAAUCCCUCAGACAGCUGUGACCCAGCACUUGAGAGGCAGAACUUUUUAAGGACAGCUUCUGCUACAUGGUGAGGUGGAGUCGAGGACUGGAAAUUCAAGGUUGUGCUCAGAAACCAGGGGGGGCUCCAUGAGACUGUCUUGGGGCAAGGAGGCCCAGAAAGUGCAGGUUGACAAAAAUGUUCCUUCUGCUUAAAUCAUAAACACUCAACCUCUGACGAAGCUCUUUGGAUUUGGAUGCCGACACCAUGCACAUCAUUUAGGAUGUGGACUGGCUGUUUAGCAGGUUUGAUAAGCGGUAAUAGAGAAUACGUGGGGAAAUUUUAAAAAAAAUCUGGGAGUCCCGGACAUUUCCCCCACUGGGCUAAGACUCCCACCUGCUGGCCAAAGUAUGGAACUACAACAGAUUAAAAUAUGCCCAGAGAGGGUUUGGCCUGGUGUGUGUGUUGAGAGGCUUCUCUGUGUAGCCUUGGUUGUCCUGGAUCUUCCCUGUAGACCAGGCUGGCUUCAAACUCAGUUCUGCUUGCCUCUGCUGCCAGACCCAGAAUUAUUUGUGCACAGUGCAAGUGAAUUGUCCAGAAGCAAUUUAAGAAAUAGCAAUGACUCCAGAAUCCUUACAGAUGGAGGGGUGGCCCAUACUUCCCUGUCUGGAUAUCAGCUGAUACCAUGGAAAAUUUUCUCAUUUCCUACUUCAUAACUCAACAAUGUACUUACAACCUGGGAAACUAUACACUUGUCCCCAGAAGCUAAGGGUCCAAAGUGGGCUGGCCUGCAAAUCCAAGGUUCCAGAGGCGCCAGGUCUAGGAUACUCUAGAACUGGUUAUAUCCACUAUGCACAAUGAGGCCUCAGAACAUGCAGUGUGCUGGGCAUAUGGAUCAGUUCCAUACUGGCUGCCUAGCAUGUACCAUACCUAUACUCUGUCCUCAGGCACUGUAGAGCUUGAAUGUGACGGGCCCAUGGUUAAAAAAAAUAACGCCUGGGUUUGGAAAGUGCUGUGCAUGGUGGUUUUAGGAGGCAAAGGGCGGCCACUCAAGACCAGGGAACUAUAUCACUAUAAAACAAAUCACUAUGGUAGAGGCUCAGAGAACCUGGGUUGUAACUCCAGUACCUACAGGACCGCUUAUAACUAUGGUAACCCCAGGUCUGGUGUUAAUAUGGUAAAGAUUGAAACCUGUAAAGGAGCGGGCUUAAAUUAAAAAACUUAAAAGCCUGUGGUCAGACAUCAUGGCACCUACAAUGCUAGCAGCCAGGGGGCAGUCAGGCCAGCCAGGUGAACUUAGGCUCCCGUAAGACUUGGCCUGAUAACAUUUCUAAGGCAGCUAAACCACCUGGUCGGCCUAAGUUCCAAGAUUGCUCAACCACCUGGACCUUACAGCCUGUUGCAACAGCAUCUCCCAGGUGGCUUGGACUCUACCUCCGCGGUAGUUUAAGGGCCUUGGCUCACCUUUCCCCUAGAUACCUCCCACCCUGUCCCUAAAUACCACGAUGCUUCUCUGCAGAUUUUUUCACAGUACCUGAAACCAUUAAUUUGGUGAGGACCCUAACAGGAGCACCUGCCAGGCAAACCGGCCCUUCAGGUGAGAUGCCUGGGCUAGAAAACUAGCCUCAGUCUGAGGAAGAGGGCAGCCGGUUAACGUGGGGGUGGGGGCAUGCCAAAUGGAAGGUGGACCAGAAGUCUCCCUGGCACUGAUUUAAUCCACAUGUUGAAAUGGCCAGCCUGGAAGGGUAGUGACUCAGACCUACAUGGAAAUUUGAGGCCCGUACAGUUAGCUACAUAUCAGAAGCUGUAAAAAAAUCAAACUGGGCCCUUGAGAUGACCCAGCAAACAGGCAUUAUGGCUUGAGUACCAGGAAAUCGCAUGGAAGCAAACCUGUCAUACCCAACCCUGCCACACACCAAAUAAAAUACCAAAAGCCAAGUGCCAAGAGAACCAGACUUUAUUGAUCUUUACCGAGUUAAUUAAUGUG